CCAUGAUAUGGAUUGCUAUGGUAUGCAUCCCUUGCAAGCCUUGACUUCUUUGCCGGAAGCAGCCCCUUUGCAUAGCUGAUGGAUCGUCCGCUGCGACUGUGCACCUUGUUUUCUUCCCGCUGCCUCUUCUCCAUUCUGCGUGCAUCGCCCUGGGCCUGUUCAAUCCCCACAAAAUCGACGAAACCCCUUUCAUCCGAUUUGCACAUGUCUUUGAUCCACCAUAAUAUCCUCAUUUUCCGGGAAUAAAUACCCUCCAAAUCGCUCCCUAAAUCGCUACGUGUGACACAUUGUAGCAGCGAAGCCGCAUAUCAAACACUCUCGUUUCCAGCGAUCAUCCCAACCGAUCAACCCAAUCUUAGCUCCCCCAUGAUCCAAUCUGGUAUCCACCAGGCGGGCUUUAGGCCAACCCACACAUCAUUACCGUAGAGGCUCCCGCAACGAACUUAUCGUACGAGUAUUCCAGCGUGUGUUUGAGUUGUGGCGCCAUUCCACCACGGGCCGAAAAGGAAACGCCAGGUUUCGUCGCCGAUGGCU